UCUGUCCCAGGUGGCCUGUGAGGAUUGGCCGCAUAUUUUGGUUGUCAGAACUGGGGCCAGGCUACUGGCAUUUAGUGGGUGGAGGUCAGGGAUGUUGCAGAACAUCCCAUAAUGCGUAGGACAGCCUCUCACAACAGAGAAUUAUCCAGCCCACGAUGUCCAUAGUGCCCAGGUUGGCAAGACCUGGGUUAUAGCCAGGGUGUGUGUGGGCUGGGGAGCUCACGGGUCAUUCUGAUGCCUUCACCUGCUGCAGGUCCACAGCACACUUGCUGUGUGGGUUCACUCUAACAGCUUCUGUCUGCACCUGACUCUUCUCAGUUGUCUCUUUAGAGUUAAAUUAACAACUCUUUCAAUUGACUUCAAAUUCAGUUGUUAUUAUACUAAAUGUUUUCACUUUUUAUUUCAAAUUUCUUAAACAUUUCGUUUUUCUCUGCACUCUCUCCCAACCUGACCAGCCUUGCCAUUUUCAUUUCAUACAAGUUCCUUCAUUGUACGUCCUCUCCGCCCCUUCUUAUUCUGUCACAGUUUAGGCUCUGGGCUAUAAGGUACACCGCCGUCAGCGGUGGAGAAACUUCAGAAGUGUAGGGUCGUCGUCUUUAUAUAUAGAAAUGGUUGGGGAUUUGGCUUUUCUGACUGGAGGAAGCUCUUCUAAGCUUGACUCCAACCCAGUGGUGCCUUUAGCCAGCAAAACUAACUUAGGCAAUUAUAGCAGUAUUACCUGAUAAAAAAGGGGGUAAACUUGCUCAUGAUAAACUGUCUUCUGUUUAGGAGCCUUCGAGGAUACUUCAUUUGCUUCUCUGACUAGUCUUGUCAAUGAGAACACUCUAAAGGCAAUAAAAGAAAUGGGCUGUACAAACAUGACCGAGAUUCAGCAUAAAAGCAUCAGACUGCUUCUGGAAGGCAGGGAUCUUCUAGCAGCUGCAAAAACAGGCAGUGGCAAAACCCUGGCAUUUCUCGUCCCUGCGGUUGAACUCAUUGUUAAGUUAAAGUUCAUGCCCAGAAAUGGAACAGGAGUCCUUAUUCUCUCACCUACGAGGGAGCUGGCCAUGCAGACUUUUGGUGUUUUUAAGGAGCUAAUGACACACCAUAUUCAUACGUAUGGGUUAACAAUGGGGGGCAGUAACAGAUCUGCUGAAGCGCAGAAACUAGCUAACGGGAUCAACAUUAUUGUGGCCACACCAGGCCGUCUCCUGGACCACGUGCAGGUAAGAGAACACUGUUGUGUAGUCCCUGUCUUACUGUCUUGUGUGAAACCUCAACCUGACAGUUAACAGUUUUUCUUUGUCUUGUUAGAAUACCCCAGGGUUUAUGUAUAAAAACCUGCAGUGUCUGGUUAUUGAUGAGGCUGACCGUAUCUUGGAUGUUGGGUUUGAAGAGGAAUUAAAGCAAAUUAUUGAACUUCUGCUGAGUAAGUAGGUGGCAUCUGCAUGUGGUUUGCAAAGUAGUUGGAAGUAGGUGAGGGUUGUUCCUAUAUGAAAUCUGUUAAUACCAGAAUUCUAACAUAGCCGAGUGAGCUUGUGCCAAUCAACCUUAGAGGUUGUCUGCAAUGCAGCAUCAAGCUUACUAGUAACUUGUUACAGUGGUUUUGCCGUUUUAGAGGUUAUAAUGCAAGUUACACAGUCCUUACAUGUCAUUCCCGUCCACAUCCGCAACCCCAUCUUCCUUUCCUUACCUCAUUCUAGCGUCUCCCAGGUGGCAGUAGACUUGUGGCCUUCUGUGUUGUAUUUGAGUUGUACAUAUCUUGGUUAUAGUACUUGCAACAUUGUAAGCUGCUCAUAUCUAUAAUAAGGCCAUAAUCUCCUUCAUUAGAGAGUUUGUUUUUUAAUGCUUUGUUGAGGUAUAAUUGACAUAAUCUGCACAUAUUUUAAAUAAACAAUUUAAGUUUUGCCACGUUUAUGCCUGUGAAGCCGUCACCACAAUCAAACAGUGAGCAUCUCCGUAACCCUCAAGCUUCUUUGUGCACAUUUGUGAUCCCUCCCUUUCACCUUCAGUAAGAACAGCCCUCACCUGCUUCCAACGACUGCUCACACACGUCUGCCUCCCAGGUGACGUUGAUCUGCCUUCUGUCACUGCAGAUCAGUGUGUGUUUUCUAGAGAUUUGUAUGCAUGGAAUCAUACAGUAUAAAUUUGUCUGCUCAGCAAAUUCUUUUGCAAGUCAUCCAUGCUGUUUAUAUGUAUCAGUAGUUCUUUAUUCCUCAGUUGCACUCCAUUGUAUAAAUGUACCGCAGCUUGUUUAUCCAUUCACCUGUUGAUGGAUGAUUGUGCUAUUUACGGGUUUUGGUUAUUACAAAUAAAGUUGCUGUGAACAUUUAUCUACAACUCUUAUUAUGGGCAUAUAUUUCCUUUUUUCUUGGGUAACUACCUAGGAGUGGAGUGUUUGGUGUAUGUUUAGCUUGUACCAUUUUGCUUUCUCAUUGGCAGUGUGUGAGAGUUCCAUUUCCUUCUAUUAAGUCUUGAAAUUGGGUGGUGUUAACCCCCACCUUUGUUCUUUUUCAGAUUGUUUUGGCUAUUCUUGUUCUUUGCAUUUCUGUAUCAAUUUUAGAGUCAGUUUGUCAAUUUCUACCCCCUAAAAAACUGGGAUCUUGGUUGGGAUUGUAUCGAAUAUAGAUCAUUGGUGGAAGGCAAUACUGAGUCAUUCAAACCCACGAAUAAGGUAUACCUCCAUUUAUUAGCUCCGUAAUUUCUCUCAGCAGUGUUUUAGAGUUUUCAGUGUACAAGUUUUUUCACAUCUUUUAUCAGAUUUAUCCCUAAGUAUUUCA